GAGAAAAGGCCCAGCCUCUUUUCCCGCCUCUGAAAAUCGAAUAGCCUGGAAAUGUGACAAUUCUCUCUUGGCAACUGGGUGCAAAGGACGCGAUUUCUUGAAAUGUUAUGAUGCGUGAAUACGAACAUUAGCCAGAAGAUCAAAACGACAUGAAGGGAAAUACCUACCUGCAACAAUAUUUCAAUUUUUAAUGUGUUUUUUUUAAAAGAAAGUAACUUUUACGCUCAACAGGAUCUAAACUCCUUUCAGUCAUAAAGUUAGAAAUGAUUAUCAAAACUCAAGAAUAAGGUUGCAAGACAAGUGAAUAUACAAUAUUUAUUUACGGAAACGUCUCUUCUGUAUCGAAACGUGAGUUGAUUCGAUAAUCAACACAUUCAAAUAAGCCCCGUAAGACUGUUACAGAAUCAUCUACUAGUCGAUCGAUUAAACAACAACAACAAUUACCUGAUAUUUGACAACUACUUGAAACGCUGCUCGGUAAUACGAAAUGUGGAGUUUCAACAACUACGGGAUUCAUUAUUGUUUAUAUAAAUGGUACCUUCUGUUAUUUGUCGUCCCGUGCUUUCUAAACCAAUCAACCUACGGUCAAGAUAGGUGGCACUGGUAUGAGGAGUCUAAAGGAAACCUACUCCGCAAUCUAAAGCAUGAGCGGAACUACAACAUUGCCAGAAACUUAAUCCUCUUUGUAGGUGACGGGAUGGGGCUUACCACCAUCACAGCUGCUCGUAUUUUACGUGGCCAGCAGCGUGGUCAGACUGGGGAAGAAAACAGCCUAGCCUUUGACAAGUUUGAACACGUGGCACUAGCAAAGACAUACAAUAUCGACAGUCAAGUAGGAGAUUCCGGAGCAUGUGCCACUGCCUUGUUGAGUGGGGUAAAAAGUCGCUACGAAACGUUAGGCCUGGAUGACAGCGGACUUUACGAGAAUUGCUUGUCUAGCAUUACAUCAAGAAUCCCUUGCUUGACGGACUGGGCCCAACAAGAAGGUAAGGCGACUGGACUGGUAACGACAACCAGGGUCACUCACGCUACCCCAGCGGCCAUGUACGCCCACUCAGCCAGCAGGUACUGGGAGUCUGACGAUAAGAUGCCGGAAGAUGCCCGUAGUACGUGUAAAGACAUCGCUAGGCAACUGGUGGAAGAUGAGCCUGGCCGCCACAUAAACGUAAUACUUGGAGGAGGUCGACGUCACUUCCUGCCACAAAAUGAGCGAGAUCCUGAGCGUCCGGCUGACAUAGGUCGACGUCAGGAUGGAAGAAACCUGAUUGAGGAAUGGCAGAAGGACAAAAAGGCACGAGAUUUACAUCAUCGGUUUGUGUGGAAGAAGGAAGAUUUUGAAGCAGUGGACACUGGGCGUACAGAUUACUUGUUAGGGUUAUUUGACCACUCUCACAUGACAUACGAAACUGACCGAGACAAAGGUCCAACUGGUGAACCCUCCUUAGCGGAGAUGACUCAAAAAGCUAUUGAAAUACUCCGUAGAAAUCCCCACGGGUAUUUCUUAAUGGUAGAAGGAGGCCGAAUAGAUCAUGCUCAUCACUUUAACAAUGCUUAUCGUGCUCUUACGGACACAUUGGCACUAGAGGACGCUGUAAACAGAGCGUUAGAAAUGACGAGAACAGACGAUACAUUAUUAGUCGUGACCUCAGAUCAUUCGCACGUGUUUGCUUUUGGUGGCCAUCCAAGACGAGGAAAUCCAAUUUUCGGCACUGAUGAUCAUGUAUCUGAUGUAGAUGGCUUACCGUACACGACUCUUUUGUAUUCUAAUGGACCAGGCUAUAACAGAAACUUCCCGUUAGGUCGACAAAACCUCACGGGAGUAGACACUGGAGAUAAAAAUUAUGUGCAACAGUCAGCAGUCCCCAGGAGAUGGGACACUCAUGGAGGAGAAGAUGUUCCAGUAUACGCCCAUGGACCUAUGGCUCACCUGUUCAGGGGAGUGUUUGAACAAACUUACAUUCCUCACGCCAUGGCUUACGCUGCAUGUAUAGGUCCUAACAAGAAAACAUGUGAUCGAGGACGACAUCGCCACCAAACUCAGAAGUUGGAUUGCCCGCCUGUAGAAGAGAGGGUUGCUUCAACUUGGAGAAACGGAGGGGUGAUGGAAACCAGUUUUGUUUCUAUAUGUUGCACUACAGUGAUUACAGUUUUGUUGAUCUGGCAAAAUGAAAAGUAUUACAUAAACACUGGCUUUAACAUGGUUUAACAUGAACAAAUUUAUUUUCAGACCAAGUUUAACGUUAUAGAUUUCAUUUUGAUCCGUCAGAUCAGUUGUGAUGAUGUAUGAUAGAACUAAAGACGACCAUUGCGUAAGAAACAGGCACGUUUGUAAAAGAAAAUAAUGUUAGAAUUUGUUAACAUGAUAAAAUUAACUAAGUGGGCAUAGCUUGUGUUCUAAAGUUUGAAGCAUGUGAACUGAGGAAUAUCUGACGUGACUUCUCCUUUAGUUAAUAAAUAAUCAUGUGGUAGUUAACAAUAUACAUGGCUAUGAUUGUUAAAAUAUCUGUUGUUUAAAAACUGUUGAACAAAAUGACAAUGAACUAGAUGGCACUACAAACUUCACAUUUUCAGGAGGGUUUGUUUUGAAUUUCGCGCAAAGCUACACGAAGGCUAUCAGCGCUAGCCGUCCCUAAUUUA